UAAAUAACUCUUAUAAUUUUUCUCCAGAUAAACCAAAAUGACGAAUCCCAAGGGUUUACGGCGUGGAACGCGCAACAUGUUUGCGCGUCCAUUCAAGAAGAAUGGUGUUGAACAUUUGUCUACCUUCUUGAGAGUGUAUAAGGUUGGCGACAUUGUUGACUUGAAGGGAAAUGGUGCAUUCCAAAAGGGUCUCAUUCACAAGUGUUACCAUGGCAAAACAGGUCGUGUGUUUAACGUUACUCAACAUGCUGUUGGUGUUAUUGUCAACAAGAGAGUCAAGGGCAAGAUCCUUGCCAAGAGGUUGAACGUCCGUGUUGAACAUUUGAGUCACUCUAGGUGCCGUGAGGACUUCAAGAAGCGUGUAAAGGAGAAUGACCGCAUUAAGCAUGAAGCUAAAUCCAAGGGCAUCAAGGCUGUGUGUAAGAGACAACCUGCCCAGCCCCGCCCAGCACACAAGGUGAACAUAUCCGAGAACACCCCAGAAUUCCUCACACCUCUGCCAUAUGAGUUCAUUGCUUAAAUAAACCUGGGUUACUA